UAUAUAUUCCUAAGAAACUACAGCUAUCAUAUGUAUAAAUGUGACGUUCCUUUGUGCCUGUGAAGAAUAGUGAACGUUCCAUAAAUUGCCACGUUCAUACAAUCUAGAGGUUUACUACAAAAUUCAGAAAAGUACCAGCUUAGACAAAGUUUGUUUUUGUCAAAAUGGAACAAGAUAAAGACCAACCGCUAAACAAAAUUCGCGGUUUUCAACACAAAUGUUNUUUAAUGUGCGAGAAUACUAUUCCAUUUCACAUGUAUAGAUCUCUGAGCACCGGAAUCACUAUUUGUAUUUUAAAAUUAGACGGUCCAAUUAUCACCGGUUAUUUUAAUAUUGUGACUGAAACAUUAGAUGACGACGGUGUUCCUUCUGCGCUGCAACAUCUCAUUUUCUCGGGCAGCGAGGAACAUCCAACCAAGACUAUUUUAAAUCUUUGGGCUAAAAGAUGCUUAGGAGACAACAUCGAUGGUUAUUGUUUAAAAGAUCGUACAGUUUUUACUAUGAGCGCAGCUGGUAGCGAUGCAUUUCUUUCUCUAAUGCCAAAAUAUCUCGAUCACAUAUUUUUUCCUAGUUUAGAGGGUUCAGCAUAUCGUAGAGAGAUACAUCAUUUUGACAAAAGUAAAAAUACCGGUGUACUGUAUUGUAAACAACAGAAGAAAGAACAAACAUUAAGCGAGAUCAUGAAGAGGAAGAUGCUUAAAGCACUUUAUCCUGGAAAAUGUGGAUAUAAAUCAGUAAUAGAAGGUACAACUAAAAAUUUGCGUGAAAGUACUAAUAUUGAAAAAAUCAAACAGUUUCAUGAAAAAUUUUACAGACCAGAAAAUUUGACUGUAGUGAUAAUGGGUAAGAUAGAACACGAUAAAAUUUUUCAAGCUUUACUGCCUUUAGAAGAAGAAUUAAUUAAGCAGGAGACCUUGGCAAACUUCGAUUAA